GUUCUCUGUCAGAAGAAAAGGAGGAAGCGGAGAGAGAGCAGCGCAGCGGCAGCUCGUCUACUCUGAAGGACAAGAUUACAAACCCCAAACAAACCAAAAGCUAACUAUCAGCUGUUUGCAACCUCACCGUUUACCGUCAAGCGACUUUUGCAACCCCAGAGACGCCAACAACUUGCGUUGGUUAGUUAAGUAAAAAAAAAAAAAAGACAGUUGCCACAGAUAGUCUGAAAGAGAAUGGCAGACUCUGCGGCGGCCAACAGCGACGGGGAGGACGGACCCCGCGAGCCCAUGCGGGGCUUCGCGCGCCAAGGAGCCCUCCGCCAGAAGAACGUGCACGAGGUGAAAGACCACAAAUUCAUCGCGCGCUUCUUCAAGCAGCCCACCUUCUGCAGCCACUGCACCGACUUCAUCUGGGGUUUUGGCAAGCAGGGAUUCCAGUGUCAAGUGUGUUGUUUCGUGGUUCACAAGCGUUGCCAUGAGUUCGUCACUUUCUCCUGUCCAGGUGCUGAUAAAGGACCUGCAUCAGAUGACCCGAGGGCAAAGCAUAAGUUUAAGAUCCACACCUACUCCAGCCCGACCUUCUGCGACCACUGUGGCUCUCUGCUCUACGGCCUCAUACACCAGGGCAUGAGAUGUGACCACUGUAUGAUGAACAUCCACAAGCGUUGUGUGGCCAAUGUGCCGAGCCUGUGUGGGACAGACCACACUGAGAGGAGAGGUCGCCUCCAGAUCACUGCAGAGAUCAAGACUAAUGUUCUCACUGUUACCAUCGGAGAGGGCAGGAAUCUGGUUCCUAUGGACCCCAACGGUCUGUCAGACCCCUACGUGAAGCUUAAACUGAUCCCAGAUCCCCGCAGCGAGAGCAAACAGAAGACCAAGACCAUAAAGUGCUGCCUCAACCCCAUAUGGAAUGAGACAUUUAAAUUCCACCUGAAGGAGUACGAUAAGGACCGCCGUCUGUCGGUGGAGAUUUGGGACUGGGACCUGACCAGCCGUAACGACUUCAUGGGAUCACUGUCCUUCGGCAUCUCAGAGCUCCAUAAACAAGGAGUGGAUGGAUGGUUUAAGCUGCUCUCCCAGGAGGAAGGCGAGUAUUUCAAUGUUCCCGUUGCUCCAGAGGGGGAGGAGGGCAACGAGGAGCUACGGCAGAAGUUUGAGAGAGCUAAGAUUGGCCCAGACAAGAACAAAGAAGGCAAGGCGGCCAAUGCUGCAUCCCGGUUCGACUCCAAUGGCAACCAAGAUCGCAUGAAGCUGGCUGAUUUUAACUUCCUGAUGGUGCUGGGCAAGGGCAGCUUCGGGAAGGUUAUGCUGGCAGAGCGUAAAACGACAGAGGAGCUGUAUGCUGUAAAGAUCCUGAAGAAGGACGUUGUGAUCCAGGAUGAUGACGUGGAAUGCACUAUGGUUGAGAAGAGAGUGUUGGCGUUGGCUGGAAAGCCCCCGUUCUUAACACAGCUGCACUCCACUUUCCAGAGCAUGGACCGUUUGUAUUUUGUCAUGGAGUACAUAAAUGGAGGAGAUCUCAUGUAUCAGAUUCAGCAGGUCGGCAAGUUCAAAGAGCCACAUGCUGUAUUCUAUGCAGCGGAGAUAGCCAUUGGUCUGUUCUUCCUACAUCUAAAGGGCAUCAUCUACAGAGACCUCAAGCUGGACAAUGUGAUGCUGGACUGUGAGGGUCACAUCAAGAUAGCAGAUUUUGGCAUGUGUAAAGAAAAUAUGACUGAUGGAGUCACUACCAAGACCUUCUGUGGAACACCAGACUACAUAGCUCCUGAGAUCAUAGCUUACCAACCUUAUGGAAGAUCUGUGGACUGGUGGGCCUUUGGAGUCUUGCUCUAUGAGAUGCUGGCUGGGCAGCCUCCAUUUGACGGUGAAGAUGAGGAUGAGUUAUUUCAGUCCAUUAUGGAGCAUCACGUCUCCUAUCCCAAGUCAAUGUCCAAGGAGGCUGUCGCUAUCUGUAAAGGGCUGAUGACGAAACAUCCAGCAAAACGACUGGGCUGUGGUCCGGAGGGAGAGAGAGACAUCAGGGACCACAGCUUCUUCCGCUACAUGGACUGGGAGAAACUGGAAAACAAGGAAGUGCAGCCGCCAUUCAAACCUAGAGCUUGUGGACGGGAAGCCGAGAACUUUGACCGCUUUUUCACACGCCACCCGCCGGUGCUGACCCCUCCCGAUGACGAAGUGAUUCAGAACCUGGACCAGGACGAGUUCCAGGGAUUCUCCUUUAUCAACCCUGAGUUCCCAGGAACUGCCCCUACCACCCCUGCCCUCGAGCAGGCUUGAUUUCAGCCCAUGCACGGACACACAAACACACACACACAUACACACACACAAAGAUAUACAUAAUCAUUUUUCCCAGUAUCAACCCCCGGAACAUUAAAAACACGCUAACAUAUCAUUUUUAAAUAUCCUGGAAAUGAUUUGUGCAGUUACAGGAACCAAGAAGCCAUGACUUAAACUGAUACAUAGAAAUGCCAUAUAAAUAAUAACACAUAUACACACAUUUGUUGUUCACACUGCUGAUACAACCUGGAUGAUGUGUUGGCUUCUUCUGAGGGUGCAUGUGCAACAUACAAUUGCCUGAAUGCAUGUAGCAUUCUAGUGCUGCUCUGGGGGGAUAUUUAGUUUGAAACAAAUUCUGUAUUUUUCCAUGCUUCUACAUGGUCAGAAUGUUACUAGAGUCAUUGACUUUCUCCAAGCUUUGUUUUUGAGAAGUUGCUUGGAUGUGUGAUUUACCACAAUGUUGUUGCUCAGUGUGAACAACAUUUGUUUAAUUGACCAGACCUCCUCAGAAUGAGGAGUAGAAAUGAAUGGUGACCCUUAAAAUCCAAACUUUAAAUAGAGGAACAAAAAUGAUUCUUAGAAAUAAGAACUGCAUUGUCACAAACGCAGUUUAUUUACAACCUAACUACAGAUUAGUAGCCGAGUCACGAUUCCCCCGGCACACACAAAUACACAAUAGCAUAAUUCACAUGUAACAUAGCUUUAGGAUUCCAUUUUAUUACUUUUUCUGGUGAAAAUUGUGAUUUUACUUUUCCCUUAGUCAGUCCUCGACUACUUCAGCGCAUUCUGAGUUUGGCCUGUACUUCUGGUGGGCUUUUUAUUCAAUGUGUAAUAUUAGUAAUGUCUGUAUGUUUAUCCUUAUCUUAGCUAAAACUGGAAUGCUUCACAUACUAGUGCAUGAGUAUCUAUAUCAAUUAUAGCCCUGGACUUUGUCUCCCAGCAGCAUUUUAGCAUCUUAUAACCUGCAACCUUAUGCUGCCGUUGUGUGGCUUUUUUUUAUGGUUUUCAGAACAUGUAUUAUUAAAAAAGAAAUUUGGUGUCUUAUUUUACACAUUGAGGCAAUGGAAGAUCUUUGCCGCAAAUAUCAGAUUUUCCAUGUGUCUUAUUUGUUGUUGAGCGUGGGAUCAUGAUGGUAAAAUGCUGUUGGUAAGUGUAGUCCUUAUAAAGGCUUUGAGUCCGUUAAAUAUAUAAUACUACUUCUUAUACCCUAAUUUUCUGUUAUCUAGUAUAUAAGCAAUGAAAGAGACUAGCAGUUAGUUAGUGUAUUACAAAAGCAUGAUCCAGAUAACAGGCGUUUCAACAAAUGUGUGUGCACAUGUAUGUUUUAUAUGUGUGCGAACGAGUACUGUGAAUGAAAAUGCACGUUUGCUUUUGAAUUUUUGUAUGUGUAUCAAUACCUGCAUUCCCAGCACCUUGCUCGGCCUUGUGUUUACAUUUGUCUGCAUGGUAAGUGUCUGCACCCCCUCAUAUCAAGCAGUAUUGGUAUGAUCCACUUUACUUCUAACCAGUGGCUCCACAAGUCACAGAAGAGAAAGGAUGGAAGUACAGAAGAAGGAAUGCAUGAUACUGAAAUUGAAACAAUUUGCAAAUAAUAUUAGGUUUCAAUGUCAGCACGAGACUAGUGAUACUAGAGAAACCUAGUGCUCACAUGAAGUCAUGAAAUCUUGUGUUUGAAUCAUUAUUGACAUUAAGUACUGCAAAGUCCACUUCAAUAUCUCCUGGAAGGCACCACCUAAGUACUAGAGAUGUUUUCUAUGGCCUGGAAACUCAAAUCCUGCUUUCAAAAUGCAGGUUCAGUACCUAAACAUGUUAAAGUUCCCAAGCCUGGGGAAAGUUUCUGUGGUAGAAAAAAGGCAACUAGCUGAAUUUCAAACUGCAUUCCAACUUUUCAUGCAGCUCUACUUUUCUGAUCUAGUUUUUUUUGGCUAAGUUGGAAAGGAUUUGAGGCUCAACUUAAUGUGAUUGGGGUCUUUCAAAUAGCCAUCUCCAUGCGCAAUAAAAAUUCCUAUCCUAGUUCGCAGUAGCAAUUGGGGACAACAGGCCUUCUGAAGCAGGAAAAUGUGUGUGCUUUGUCUCUUGUUUCCUCUAGCUAGCAAUAAUCUUGUUGACAGGAAGGCAACAUUGGUACUAAACCAACCUUCGGAAGGCUCACGUUUGGACUGUAGUUCAUUCACACGCAAGAGGCUGUGAGGUUAUGAAGCUUAUUGGUGGGAAUAUUUAUCCGGCCAGAGAGAAAGAUGGCAGUAGCUUAUACACUUCCGUGCAGCUAACAUUGUGUGGAAGUGGCUGAAGUGCUUCCUCAUGUCACACUCCUCUUUUAUCACAGAGACGCAUCCGUUUUUUCCUGCAAAGUGGGCACAUUCAGGUUCAGUGAGGUUUAUCAGUUGUAGUGGCAUGAAGUUAUACAGUAUCUGCAGCAGAAGAAGAAUCAAGCCACAAUGUCAUACGGGUAUUUCAGUUGAACAGUUAUCUUUCAUGCUAACCGGUGUGGGAGUCACUGCGGUUUCCACAAGCAUGACUAGUAAUGGAAACUAUCAUGACGAUAGUAACUGACACCUUAGAAUAUCUGCAGUAUGUAAGUAAGUAAGUGACUGGAAGUUGAGGGGGGUGGCAAUAUAUUCAUGGUGAUUGAUAGUGAAUUAGAA